AGUCAGACAAGUUUGAGUCGUGGAGAGGAGCCGAGAAGCAAAGCGAAGGCAUUUCAGACAAACGCCUGUAGUGGGGAAACCGUAUUCGUCUUUGCUGUGGAAAAAAUUAUAAUUUAGAGGUUCAUUUAUAGUGUGAAUCCUCAAAAAGUAAACGGAGCACUGCUGAAAUAGUGCACUGUGUGUGGGUUAAGUGGAAAAGGCUUUGCAGAGGACAGAAGGCCCAGUGGAGAAGGCAGAGAAGAGAUGAAGAAGCUGCCGCUGCUGUUGAUUGUGCUGCUCGGGUUAGCACACUUCAUUACCGUGAGCACAGGCGAGGAAGAGGGAGAAGACCUGAGUAAGGACGCCGACAUUGACGCUGAUGAUGACGAUGAUGACGACGACGAUGAUGACGAUGAGGAGGACAGCACGGAGGUGAAAGAAGAAAAUGGUGUACUGGUUCUCACUGAUGCCAACUUUGACACGUUCAUAGAGGACAAAGACACAGUGCUGGUGGAAUUCUAUGCGCCAUGGUGUGGCCACUGCAAGCAGUUUGCCCCAGAGUAUGAGAAAAUCGCUCAGGCGCUCAAGGAAAACGAUCCUCCCAUCCCUGUAGCGAAAGUAGACGCCACUGUGGCUAAUGCUCUUGCGAGUAAAUUUGAGGUGUCUGGAUAUCCUACUUUCAAACUUUUUAAGAAGGGAGAGGCGGUAGACUACGAUGGAGAGCGAACUGAAAAAGCUAUUGUUGAGCGAGUUAAAGAAGUUGCACAGCCAGACUGGAAACCUCCUCCAGAGGCCACACUAGUGCUGACGAAGGACAAUUUUGAUGAUGUGGUUAAUAACGCUGACAUCAUUCUGGUGGAAUUUUAUGCCCCCUGGUGUGGUCACUGUAAAAAACUUGCUCCUGAGUAUGAGAAAGCUGCGAAGGAACUCGCCACUCGGACCCCUCCUAUACCACUGGCUAAAGUCGACGCAACUACAGAGAAUGACCUCGCCACCCGGUUUGACGUGACUGGAUACCCAACACUCAAAAUCUUUAGGAAGGGAAAAGUGUUUGACUACAACGGACCAAGAGAAAAAUUUGGCAUUGUUGACUACAUGGGCGAGCAAGCAGGCCCCCCAUCCAAGCAGGUGCAGGCCGUAAAACAAAUUCAGGAGUUGGUGAAAGAUGGUGAUGAUGCUGUGAUUGUCGGCGUGUUUUCCAGUGAAGAGGAUGCUGCUUACGAGACCUAUCAAGAAGCAUGCAACACCCUCAGAGAUGACUACAAGUUCCGCCACACGUUCACUUACGAAAUCGCCAAGUUCUUAAAGGCUUCACCUGGCCAGGUGGUCAUGCUCCAGCCGGAGAAAUUCAAGUCAAAAUAUGAGCCUGCAUCCCACACUUUAACCAUUAAAGAUUCCACAUCUGCUUCAGAGGUUCAAGAUUUCUUUAAGAAACACACACUGCCAUUAGUGGGACACAGAAAACAGAGCAAUGCGGAGAAGCGGUACUCCAAAAGGCCAUUGGUGGUUGUGUAUUAUGGUGUUGACUUCAGCUUUGAUUACAGAGUUGCCACACAGUAUUGGAGGAGCAAAGUAUUAGAAGUGGCCAAAGACUUCCCAGAGUACACGUUCGCCAUCGCAGAUGAGGAGGACUACGCUGACGAGCUGAAGAGCCUCGGACUCAGUGAGAGUGGCGAGGAAGUUAACGUCGCCAUUCUCGGUGAAGCGGGGAAGAAGUAUGCGAUGGAGCCAGAGGAGUUUGACUCUGAUGUGCUUCAUGAAUUUGUUAUGGCCUUUAAAAAAGGCAAACUGAAGCCCAUCGUCAAAUCACAGCCCAUUCCCAAGAACAACAAGGGACCAGUGAAGGUUGUUGUUGGGAAAACAUUUGACGACAUCGUCAUGGACACGAAGAAAGAUGUCCUGAUCGAGUUCUAUGCGCCGUGGUGCGGUCACUGCAAGAAGCUGGAGCCUGAAUACCUCGCUCUUGCAAAGAAGUACAAGAACGAGAAGAAUCUGGUGAUCGCCAAAAUGGAUUCCACGGUCAACGACGUGGCCCACGACGCCUACAAAGUAGAAGGAUUUCCUACGAUAUACUUUGCGCCCAGCAACAAGAAGCAGAAUCCUGUUCAGUUUUCAGGUGGUGAAAGAAACGUGGAAAGUUUAAGCAAAUUCUUAGAGCAACAUGCUACAAAAUUAUCACAGAACAAAGACGAACUCUAAAGGUUUUUAGAAAAACUCUGAACCUGACACGUAAUAAAACGCAGACCUCGGAUGUCUGACGUGAUCCUGCAGUGAGCAUUGUUUCUGAAAGCAGAAGUUUUUCUUUUCAUUCCAAAGCACUGUUUAUUAGAUUUCUUUUCAAAAACUUUUUAAAUAAAACAAACAAAAAAAAGGGAAA